UAUUCUAGAACUGUGUACAACACUUUUUUUCAGACGAGGCACCCAUAUAAAUAACGUAUACGAAAACGCAGUGACACAAUUUAGAUUGUAAAUGUUCAAAUACCCAUGUUUACAAAAGGGCUGUGCGGCUGUCGCAAAACGCCCGUCAAUCUAAAUAUAGACAUAGUUUACGAGCUGUCCGGCGAGAGGAGACAUUGUCAUUGACAGAUCAGGGAGUGAUUUGUUGAGUGCGUUCACAACUGAAGUUUUUUUUCGAAAACAAGCAGGAACAGCCAUGGAAGCGAGGGAAGUCACGUACCAAAUAUCAACAACUUCGUGGUUUUACUUGCCUCUUUAGUAUUAUCAGUCGUGUGGGAAAUAUUAUGUGGAUACAGUCAUGCAAAUGACAGUAUCAUCAUGAAAACAUAAACAAACAACAACACUAUUGCAUCCUCCAAGUGACCCUGACCUUGAACUUCAACUACCCGAUCUGUUAUUGAAUUGUGUAUGCCUAAUUAAUGAACAAGUGAUUUUUUAGCGGAGAUUUAUCAUAUCAAAGACAGGCGUGAGUUUGAAAUGGCGCCUUGCUUCCAUUACUUCCGCGAAGAGAAUGCUGUGAUUCUGUUUGUGUGUUCUGUGAUCGCUGUGUAUUACAUUAUAAUGGAUAUAAUUUUAUAUCAGACACUUCACAAUACCAGUUUAGUCAAAGAAGCAGCCAUUGAUGAUCCUAGUGUCUUCUCGCCCUUCCAUCCGCUGACGAUAAGGCUGCUAGUUUUGGACCAGACAAACCAUUACAUUAUCAGGCCAUCAACGGAAGUGUUCAACUACAUGACCAACUUCAGCAGCAUGUUUUCCUUCAUCUCCCCCAACAUCAUCAGCGCCACUCACGCCGUCGUCAGCAUCGUCGUAGGGAAGAUGGUGUCGUCUGACAACUUACGUCAUCGACGAAUGGGAGCGUUUUUGUUCGAGCUCCGAACAUGGCUGGUCAGUUUUGCUGGUGUCGUGUAUCGCAGCCAGGCUGGUCGUCCAAUAUUCAGCUCCUUUCACGGUUUAUAUGGAACAACUCACAACAGCGUUUGCGACAUGCUUGGGGGUGUCGUCCUGUGCGUGGGCGUUGCUGUGUAUGUUGUAAGACAUUACGGCAGCCGAAGGACAAACGAUGUGUCUAUUGGAAAUGGUUUAUAUGUACAGGCCCCAAGAAAUUGUGUGAUUGUUUUCAACAUUUUCUUAUAUGUAUUAUUGGUUGUUCUGUCCUAUGGAUUCCUCGCCUAUUUCAUUAUGCACCUUGAGCGAUUCCUGGAGAAGCCAUUCCAUGAUCCACAGCUGACGACCGUGCAGACGACUCUUCUCCACUCCUCGGCCACCUGGCUCUUCCUCUGGAUGUGGCGGUUCUUCACCCAACAGAUGUUCCAGUACCUUGUCAUCGCCAUUGCCAUGGACAAAAUCUGGGACUAUGUGAGCACGGCGCUGUAUUUCUUCUACCCGACAGUGAUAAUCCUCAUGUCCAUGUGUUAUGUCUACAUCGUCCAUAUGAAUUCUAUUAUCCUCGGCGGUGAGUUCACCUCGUGACGUUUGUAGACAACACGUGGUCCACAUCAACACGAUCUCCACAGCCCGUGUCGGGUUCUCAAGUUUCUUCCAUACCAUUCACCAUGCAUCUCCUCCACAAUGCUCUUCCGUUUUCACGACUCGAAAAACCAAUCGGACACAUCCACACAACAGUGCAAGGUGCAAACUGACAAUACAACCAGUGUGUGAUGUGGGUUUGUUUCUAUAUUGAUAUGGUUGCCGGAUGAUACUUGCAUGGUGUUGGCGCAGUGCCUUUGAUAAUAACGACUUGCCAUAUACAAGUGUAUCAUGCCCCAACUGUGUACAAACACUGUGUGCGACAUACGCUUACAGCCGGAAAGCGCACGUAAAAUCUCCAAUAUAAGUAAGUAAGUGUACAAACUGACGAUACCUACUAUUAUACAAGGAUUUCCCGCAAGCUAAGAAACAACAAGUUGCACAUUGUUUUGGGUACAUGGCAAUGAUGAGGCGUCUGUAAAAUCAUUCAACUCUAUAGUUUAAACUCAGUAAUUAUCCAGUUUUUAGUCAUUAUGUGAAGUAUAGCAUGUACUACAUUUAUAGUGAGUGAGUGAGUUUGGUUUUACGCCGCUUUUAACAGUAUUCCGAUUAUAUCGCGGUGUUUCAGCUUAAUGUGGGAGGAAAGCCAGAAAUGAUGCAGGUCUCAG